CAAUUCCUUUUAGCACUGCGGUGCAUUUUACAAUAGUUUGAGUUUACUGAAUAAGUUUAUUUUUUAUAGAUUGCAGAAUCAUUAUUGGUUUAUGUCGUUUCCUAUGUCCGUACUGUUCCGUUCCCAUACGAUUAAAAAAAUCAAAUAGGUGUCACAUGCUAAACAUUACGAAAAUAAAAUAAAGAAAACAAACACAAGAAAAAACACUACUAAUAUGGCCACUUGUAGAUUGAGGAAAGACGUAUUUUGUAGCUAAUAGUUCAAAUAUACAUGCAAGCUGUAGGGUUUCUGGUCAGGCGCGGAAGAGAAUACCUAUCAACACAAAUCGGAGUAGGGUCCGUACAGUAGCUUCUUGAGCUUAUGGUUUCGCUGUGUUUAGCUGCUAAACAUGGCACUAUUAUUAAAGUGUUUUCACUGUUUAGGAGACGAUAAAGCAGCAGAGGACACAACACACCUAGAGAAAAUCUUACCGCCGGGCUACUGUCAUCUACUGUGUCAACAUGAGCUUCUAGAAAUGGUAAAUGAUUCAAAAAACUUCAGAGCAGCAAUAAAAUUGCAGCUGACUACAGAAGAAGAGGUCCAGAAGUGGCUUGAUGACUUCCAGAAAUCUUCAACCUUAACAUGGCGAAAGUCCAGAACAUACCCAGACUCUGGACGUUACAACAAAUACAGAGUGGAUCUAAGAUGCCAGCACAAAACGUACACUUCAUCCAAAUCACCCAAAACAUCAGCUCAUCCAAAACCUUCCAAAAAUACCAACUGCCCUGCUACCAUGUUUCUAAUCCUCAAAAGAUACAUGCUAGAUCGAAAGUCUAGAUCUGGAAACCCGCACAUAGAAGAGGGCUACUUCCUUCAUGUGAACUUAAGGAAUGAACACAACCACAAACUCACGAGUGUUGAGGCCAUGAGGUGGAGAGACGUGUCAAGUGAAACUAUUGAAAAACUUCAGGAGCUCUACAUGAGUGGACACUCUCCCUCUUCUGCGCUCAAGACAAUUAAAUAUAAUCUACAGGAGGAGGUCGGAGAAAAUUAUGUUUACGCCAUAGCGGAUCGCUCCAUUUGUCCGGACCUUCAGUUCUGCUACAGAUUAUACUACAAGCUUUUUCAGAAGGCAGAUGUUGUCUCUGAAGAGAAGGAUAUUUCAGAGCAGCUUUUUAAACCCUUGAUGUUGGAUCCAUCCCAAUGGGAAACUGCGGCAGUGACGGCUGAACCCACCACAUGCAUUGGAGUGACGACAGAAGAUGGAAUGACUGUUACAGUACCACUCAUCACAGCAGAUGGAGAAUAUCUCACAGAAAUCACUGAGCCAGGGCCAAGUGCUGGUGAAGAGGUCGUUGGCUCUUUGGAUGGACAGCUGGAGGAGAUUUUUGGGAUACUGAAAAAGAAGCUGAGCGAGGAUGCAACUUUCACACCACCUAUAAGAGCAUUUGUGUCUAAUUUCUUUCAAAUAAAGACCGACAGUGUUCUGCAGUCUGCGCUGUUUGCUUUUGGUGAAACUCCGACGACAAACAAUACGAUCGCUCUACCACCACCUGCAGGCCCACGGAGGAAAGGGACUUCAGGGGGCCGUCGAUCUGUUGGUAGACCGCCAAAGAGCACAAGAAGAGAGCACCCAUACUGUAACAGCAAAUCUAAAAUCACUACCCAAACUCUUACGUUUUGUUUGCAGGAAGGUAACAUGCUUGAAGCACAGACUGACUCCUUAUCUCCAGCAGAGCAACAGCAUGAACAACAACAAGAUCACAUAAAUGACCCUAUUUAGCUUCUUAAUGCAUUUUCCUGGUCCUUUGGCAGAUUAUUUAUUAAUAUUCCACAGAAACAGCAGUAAUAUCAGAUGUUAUGGGUUUCUCUGCCUCUGAAAUGACAUUAUUAUGUCAUCUAGGCUGAUUUAAUGUUAACUGAGAGCCAAAUAGGUAUUGUUUUGAUGUAGAUAAUUCAGCUUGUAUAUAUACUGUCAAUGAUUAAGUUAGUGUAUUCAUGCCAGUUAACAUUAGUGAGAUAAGUUCAGUUCUGUCUUCAUUCUUCUAUGAAGUCCAUUUUCAGCAUCUGAAAGAUUUUAAGGUUAUAACUGUACCUAUGAUGGAAAAAAAGCAUGAAUGACUUCUUUAUUUUUCAAUAUUACUUUUGCUUUACAAUAAUAAUGGUUACAUUAUUCAGCAGACUCCUUAAUCCAGUGUUAUCCAAUUCACAUACAAUUUAUUUUGUGUGGUUAUUUUUUCAUUUUCCAUACUUGUGUAAAGUGACUGUAUGUUCCUAUUUCAACGCGUUACGUGUUAUUCAAGCUUUACUUGGUCCAAUACAAUAUUAUAUCCAUUUAACUGUCAUUCAGUUUUAGCUCAAGUUGUGACUGAAAUAAAACGAUCCCUCACUGUCUUCUC